GCUAGGAGAAAUCGUAGUAAAUUGAAGAAAAAGCCUGUUCCAUCCACAAAAAAAGGAAAAAGUCAACCUAACAUCAAUCCCGAUUUGCAAGGUCACUGUCCAGCUACCGGUGACUGUGGAAUUACUGAUGUUACUGUGUCUGAAAGUACAUGUGUCUCUGAAUUCAAGCAAGAACUUGACCCAAAGGACUAUCCUGAACCUCUAAACCCUGCUGGUAGUGAUGUGCCACAUUCUGACACUCUGAGUCCUUAUAACACCUCUGAUUAUCGUUUUGAGUGCAUAUGUGGUGAACUUGACCAGAUGGACUGUAAGCCUCGUGUUCAGUGCCUCAACUGUCACCUGUGGCAACAUGCAAAAUGUGUGAAUUAUGAAGAGGAAAAUCUGAAGAUUAAGCCUUUUUACUGCCCUCAUUGCCUUGUUGCAAUGGAACCAGUAUCAACAAGAGCAACUCUAAUCAUCUCUCCAAGUUCCAUCUGUCACCAGUGGGUAGAUGAGAUCAAUAGGCAUGUAAGGUCAUCAUCUCUUCGAGUGUUGGUUUAUCAAGGAGUGAAGAAAGAUGGCUUUUUACAGCCUCAUUUUUUGGCAGAACAGGAUAUAGUUAUCAUUACCUAUGAUGUCCUUCGCUCAGAACUAAACUAUGUUGAUAUUCCACAUAGCAAUA